AUGUACAAGCUUCAAGUGGUUUUAGUACCUCCUGGCUCUCCCAAUGGUGCUUUUCCGUUUCUUUCAAAUCCUGCAACGACAGAAAGUUCGCAGGUACUCCCUUCAACCAUGGGUGCUAACGGAUCAGCAAUCUUGACUGGGAAUAGGCCUGAAAUGGCGCCAUCUGGUGGCUCAAAUAACAAUUUGUUCAUGUCAAGCUUCAUUUCCAAUCAUAUUCCACAACCAAAGCUGAAGAAAUUUCUGCAUUUCACGAAACCCACAAACUCGCUGCUGGCGCUUGCGGAAGAAAUUGUGGACAAAUGUGACAAGAUCUACCCUAGCUUGGUACAUCCAGUUGAGCUCUCAACUUUACAGGACUCGAAUGACUGUGAUCUUGAUCCUGAUUUUCUGGUACAAGAUGUGUUCAAUGUUGAUAAUGUUGUUCGUGCGGUUCUCAGGCACGACAUUGAACUGACAGAUGAUCAGUCUCCAACACUGUACUCGGUGAAAAGGCGGCGUCUGAAUACUGAUGCAGCGAAAAUAGGGCCCGCCAAUGGUGCGUUAGGGACCAAAAACACGACGAACGGGCAUGCAGGCGGUGGACAGUCGAGUACGCUUCAUGUUGCCAAGAAACGCCCUCACAUACUGCGCAACUCUACUGCGAUGCGCGUCUCAACUCCUCUGGCUAAUCAAAUUUAUCCGCCUCCUUCUGGAAGGCAGGUCAAUUCGGACUAUGAAGAUGACGAUUUUGCCGAUCGGUCGAUUCUUCCGCCACCAAAACCUCAAUCUCAAUCAAUUCGGAUCAGUUCGGGCAUUGAAAGCAGUGCCAAAAAAAUAAACUUCAAGGAAGAUACCAUAUCUAAAUCGGAAAGCGUGGACCCGGAUAAAUCUAGACAACAGCGACUGCCCUCCGGGACGCCAAAGAGGCAAUCCAUAAAGCGCUUCACUACAACUCCCAAGAGGAGCAAUGAUCAAGGCUUACUAUUGGCAACUACUGAAGAAGAUGCCAGUACUUCAGCCACACCAAUGGUUACUAAUAAGAGAAUAACGUCUGGGAUGCUGCGUAUUCCUGAGCCAAAGAUCUCUGAAGUGGAAAAAGAGCUGAGACAGGGACCCGCCAGUCCCUCGGCUAUACUCCCAGCUCGUUCCGAGCGCUUACCUACAAAAAAACCAGAGUUUCCGAGAUCUGAUGAGGAUGACCAGAGUCAAUCUUCUUCAGAGGAGAGCCCAGUUGCAUCGAACCUUCCGAUCAAUCUACCAGUAGAGCCUGCUUUUAAACUAGCUGCUUCUCGCCAAACUUCGAUCGCUGACAACAAUGGCUCACCCAUGAAAGACGGGAGUAAAAUUGGAAACGUCAAUCUUGCCGAACUGCCGUCAUCUGGAAGAAAACGAGUCACUCGCAAGUCUUCUCUAGAGAGCAAGGUGGACUCCCUCAUUAAACAUGCUAAUGCUCUUCCGGAGAAAGGGAGGGAAGACUCAAAACGUGUCAAGGAGGAUACCAUUUCCACGACUAGGAAGGACACUUUUUCGGACGACGAUGAAACGGAUGGUAGGCAAGAACAGCAGGAUCCGAACGAAACUGUUCGGGUGAAUAAUCUUGAUAAUAUUGGAAACAACAGCUUUCACAAAUCAGAGUUGCUUUCGAUGCUCAAAGGAAAUAAGUUUGAUAUUCCUUCUGAUUUCAAUACUAGGUCAUUGAGAUCGAAAGGUGGAUACCUUGAAAACUCAGCCGACAAAUCAAGUUCCGAUGCUAAAGAGAUCAUCAACCAAAGGAUACAAAGAAGUGCUGCCAUAAAGGCUGCGGAACUACUAUCUUCGGGAAAGUCCAGAAAUCGGGAGCCCACGUCGGAAAGCGAAGAGGAAUCAAGCGAUAUUGAAACCGACGGGAGUGAAAAUGAAAAGGUAACAGUAUUGGAGAAUCAAGCAUUAAAAAGACUUAAUAUACAUCCACUCAAGGAACGAGUAAUUGGUGAAGGUCUAGAGAAAAUUCCUACUGCCGAGACAAGCGCGCACUCAAGAGGUGCUCGAGAUACUGCUGAACAAAAUAUCGAUCGUGCUGGGGCGACUGAUGGGUCGAAGCAAGAUGAUGCACCUGGCGCUUCGACAAAGAAGUCCGACUUGAUUGAUCGGAAGAAGUAUGAUGCACCUCCAAAUAUGUCUACUUCGAAAGUGAGGGAACCGACAUCUGCUUCAAGUAAUGACCUAGGCUCUUUGUCUCUAGCAACGAAAACACGGUCUGCGCGAGAAAAGAAUGGCUCGGAUUCUCCAACAGACGACAGCAAUCUCACAAAGUCUAAGAAUUCCCCUUCCAAGGAUGAAAUUUCUUCUAAUCUAGUUAAAGGAAUUACUCCACAACCUGCAAAUAAUGGGAAUAAAGCUUUCCAAAGCGCGGAAUUCAUUGAAGAUUCUGAUGAUGAUGAUAAUCCUUCAACCAACACGUCAAUUCAAAAAAGCGAUACUUUGAAAAAACUACCACCGUCAGUGCUCAAGAGGAGAGAAGAGGCGGAUCGUAAACGAAAAGAGAAGGAAGCUUUGAAGAAACUGCGGGAAGAAGAACACGCUAGAAAGAAGGCAGAAAAAGAAGCAAAGAGAAAGGAAAAGAACGAAGCUGCAGAGCGUAAAAAAAUAGAACGGGAGGAGCGGAAAAGAUUAAAGGAAGAAGAGGCAGCCAAAAAGCGUAAAGCCAAGGUUGUAUCAAAAGGAUACAAAUCGAACUCGAAAUUAGCGGCUCCUGAGAAAAAGGACAAACAGGUUUCUAAACCUGUGGAUCCUAGCGUCAAUGAUAAAGGUCAGCGUGAACACGCGGCGGAGGAACAAAACGCAGAAUGGAGUUCAUCAAAUGCCAAAAAUAACGGAGGUGGUCAGGGGACUGGAGGAGAAGCAGGUGGUUUGGGAGAUCGGGAGGACCGGGGUCAUGACCCUUCUUUACCUUUGGAACCACAUAAUUUGGCCCGCUAUUUCAAUACGGGAGACAAAGCGGAAGGUACUCAAGGUACCCAAGCCUUAUCGAUCGAUGAAAAUCAAGGUGAUGAGAGCUCUAAGUUGCAACAGAUGAAAUCUCACUUUGCUUCUAGAAAAAAAACGUCUCCCGAAAACGAAAAAAAGAAUGAGAAAAGACUUUCUCAUGGUACCAUUCAAAGAGACUCUCCUUCUUCCCUCGGUUCAGAAAUUGAGAUUUCUGAUGCUGGAAGCUCAUCUGAAGGAGAUGACUCUGAGGAUUUGUCAUCUGAUGAGGAAGUCUCCAACACCAACAAGAAAUCUCGAAGAGGUAUAGUUGAUACACCCAAGGGCAUGAUUGUAUCUUUACCUAAUAGGGCAAAAGCUAGUGAUAUUUCUGGUCUGGAAAAUGCACCUCAAUCUACGCAGCAAGUCGCCUCUACCCAGCAAUUGGAUAGCCCUAAUAGAGUCCCUGUCACGAGGUUGAUGGAGAUGUCUUCGCCGUCGUCAGCUGUGAAUGGAUCACCUACAAAAGGCGCUAAAAAGCCACAAGCGAUGCCGAGCAGGUCCUUAAGCUCUUUAUCUGACCUUGUGUCUCGAGGAGUACCUGAAGUAAAAGAAGUAUCGUCAAAAGCUAGUCAGGCACCAGCUACUUCUAAAGGAGACUCCAGCGGCGGCGAGAGUCAAAAUGACUCCGGAGAAAGUGGCAGUGAUGACAGUGAUAGUGAUGAUUCUUCUGACGAUGAUAGUUCAAAUUUCAUAAGCGCCAAAUCCGCUAGCAAAGCAUUAGGCCGACAAAGGAAGUCAAACAGUGGAUUUGCUUCACUAGUUAAGGACUCAAAAAAGCAUUGA